AUGGCUUUUUUAUUAAGCGAUUCACAGAUAGAUGCUAUAGCAAUCUCAUUGCUAACCAUAAUCAUUUCAAUAACUAUUCACGGGAUAUGCAUAAUAGUUAAGAACUCGAUUACUAAAUUUGUUUUCCCAAGAACCACUAACUAUGCAUAUAUAACAAGCUAUGGUAAAAUAAACCAUUAUCUAGAAUUGAUGGAUUAGCUACAAAAAGAAAGAGAAAAAGAAAAGGAGUAGUAUGCCGUUUGCUAGUUAAGAAAAGUGAAAAUGCUCUAAGUGAAUCAAUUAUUUUCUUUGUACUGCAUAUUUACAAAGAAUUUUCGGAAUUAUUGCUGUAAUUAAUCCAAAAAAUUAUUCGGGUUAUAUGGAAAUGGAGAAAGGCGCAGCAUGAAAAUUUUCUAGAAGUGAAAUAACCCGAAAACAAACAAGAAAUAGCACAAAAAGCAACUUUAGAGCAAUAUUUAAUGCUGUUUCUACUCUGAAUUAUUAUAUUUUAGAGCGUAAAGCGAUAGGUAUAUAUUAUAAAAGCACUAAUUCAUUUAUUAGUUAUUCAUAAGAGACACAAAAAAACUAGAGAUCUUAGUAAUAAAGAUCAAUACACAGACAAUGCAAAUAAUAGACAAGAUUGUGACGAUAAACAGGAUUAGCAUAGAACCCUCUAUAUCAUUUCUACUACCGUAUGACUCAUUUGAAAAACUAUAGCUGCCUAAUCCUAGAAAUUUUCUUCGUUGUUUAUGUAAUUCCAUUUGGAGCAUCUUAUUUUCUAUAUAGCUAGGGUCAGUAGUACUAACAUUGUGGUCAAAUAAAUUAGUAAACG